AUGGGUCAGCAGAAACUCUCCCCCGAAGACUUCCAAAACGCCUUCCACUGGGCAGAGACACAACAGGAUGGGGCUAUUCCCUCCUUUGCCACCCGCCCCAACGACCCCUACAAGUACCAGGCGGGCUUUGGCAACUCGUUUGAGUCCGAGGCUAUACAGGGAGUUCUCCCAAGAGGCCAGAAUAGCCCGCGGAACGUGCGCUUCGGGCUGUAUGCCGAGCAGAUUACGGGCGGCGCCUUUGUGGCGCCUCGAGCUGUGAAUAAGAAGGCCUGGCUAUAUCGGUCGCGGCCAGCAGUUGCCCACCAAGGAUUCGUUGACCUGCCCGCCAAUCCUGACACCGAGUCGGCUUUCUUGCCGCUCAACCCGCGUGUUCACGUCUCUCCCACUCAGCUGGCCUGGAGACCGCAUGCUAUUCCCGAGGGCGAGAACGUCGACUUCGUUGCCGGUCUAAAGAGUAUCGCUGGCUCGGGUCAUCCCUCCCUCCGCGAGGGUUUGGCAACACACAUUUACUUGUGCAAUGCAAGCAUGGAUAAGAAUGCGUUCGUCAACUCAGAUGGCGACUAUCUCAUCGUUCCCCAGCAGGGUGCUCUAGACAUCCAGACGGAAUUCGGUUACCUCUACGUUCAACCUGGUGAGAUUGCUGUCAUUCAGCGCGGCCUCCGCUUCAAGGUUAACGUGGAGGGUCCUACGCGGGGCUAUAUCCUAGAGAUCUGGGGCUCCUCGUGGGAGCUGCCUGAACUAGGCCCUCUUGGAGGCAGCAGUGGUCUGGCAAGCCCGCGGGACUUCUUAUUCCCCGUUGCAGCUUAUCAGGUCACGGAUGACGACCCUUGGGACGUUACCUAUAAGCUAAGCGGAAAGUACUUCAAGAGCACCCAGCGCCAUUAUCCAUUUGAUGUCAUUGCGUGGCAUGGCAACUAUAUCCCCUAUAAGUACGACCUAACCAAAUUUGCAAACGUUGGUUCUAUUUCAAUAGAUCACAUUGACCCUUCAAUCUUUUGCGUUCUAACGGCCAAGUCUCGCGAUCCGACGGCGCCUUUAGCCGACUUUCUUAUCUUUUCACCGCGUUGGGAUGUCGCCUCGCAUACCUACCGACCGCCGUUUUAUCAUCGGAAUUGUGCGUCAGAGCUUAUGGGUUUAAUCUAUGGAGAGUAUGGUGGCCGAUCUGAUGAAUUCCGCCCGGGAAGCAUCUCAUAUGAGUGCGGCUUUGUCCCUCAUGGCGUGGCAUAUGAGGAGUUUGCUGCCGCAUCUAAGCAGGAUCCACCUAUUGUGCAAAUCUCAAAGGGUUCUAUUGCUUUCAUGUUUGAAAGCAGCCGCGCUUUCAGCAUCACAGACUGGGCCUGGAACAGCAAAGAGAAACACGAACAUAACCCGAAAAUGUGGGACGAUUUGGUUGAUAACUUUUCGAGAUUCAAGGAUGAAAUUGAGAAGCAGACGAACGAUGCUUGA